AUUUUUCAUCAACUGAAAAAGGAAUUGAGCUAAAUCCCAUCAUGCAUGGUAAAUCUAAUCUGCUUGUGCUGACUGUUGUACAAAGAUGACAAAUAGAUUGCCAUGGCAAAUUUUUAGUUUUUAUUUCCUUCUCUAGAUUGGCGUAAACACUGUCAUAUCAUCCAAGAUUGGCUUUCUGUCAUAAAUGAUCUAUUCUGCUUAAAUAGAGUGCUUGUUAAAUCCAAAUAAAUCAAAUCCAAUGGUGAAAAAUGUCAUGUAGGCCAAUACCUAAAACAUUUGAAUAUCUGGAUACUCAAAAAAUCUUAGAAGAUAGAUGUUUUAUGGUAGAUGUAAACAUGAGUAGCCUGCUUCAGGAGUCAGGGAGAGUAAUAUAAAAGCUCAAUGAAUGAUGAAUGCUUUGUCAUUAUUCUUAUGAAUGAAGUUACAUCACCAGCAGCAUAUUUCUGUUCACGAAACAAAAACAAGCCGUGGUUCUACUACUAGCAGUGUAAUGAUUAUGUAUGGUUUGUCACAGUAAUUCCAGUUAUGGAUGAAUUGUGAACCUGGAAAUUCAUGUUAUGGUUGACUUAAGAUAAGCUCUUAUAGUGUUAGGAGAAAAAACAAGACAGGAGUUGUAAUAGAUAAUGAUAUGAGAUGAUAAAGGUGAUGAUUCUUACUCUAAAUGGUCAAAAGAAUAUUGACAUGUAAACAUACCUUAUGUAAUUGUUGAAUAUCUCAUUCCUAGGCUAAUAUUUUUAUAACAGGCUCCACUCUUCAGGGAAGGUUUUCCACCAGAUUCACCAGGUCAGGCAAUAAGGCCUGUCUCACAGUUUGCACUCCAGUUCAUCCUGAGGGUGUUGGAUGGGGUUGAGGUCAGGGCUCUGUGCAGGCCAGUUCUUCCAUACUAAACUGGGAAAACCAUUUCUAUAUGGACCUUGCUUUAUGCACAGGGGUACUGUCAUGUUGAAACAGUAAAGGGACUUUCCAACAAAUACAGGAGGCACACUGUAAAUAAAAUAUUAUAUGGUGUAGUAUUAAGAUCUUCUUUAACUCAAACUAAGGGUCCGAUCCUAAACCACAAUAAGCAGGACCAAAAGCACAGACAAGAAUGUGGACAAGUUUGUCCACAUACAUUUGGCCAGUCAUUAGAAAUUCAUGUUCUUUGUUGGUUUUGUUAAAAAAAUAACUUCCUUGUGUCCCUCCCUAGACAUCUGAGUACUGCAAAAACCAGUGCAGAUCAACAUGGACUCUCCAGUGAAGGCUCAGAGGGCGAGGGUAGCCGUGACACCGGCAGCAGCUCCUGAAGGUUGCUACGCCUGGUUCAUCCUGCUCUCCUGCUUCAUGGUCUUUGGUUUAACCUUUGGGGUCAUCAAGGCCUUUGGUGUAUUCUAUGUUGAGAUACACCAAUACUUUGAAACCACAGCAACAGGGACAUCCUGGAUCACCUCUAUUGCUGUGGCUAUCAUUCAUGUUGUGGCUCCGGUAGCAUCUGCUCUGAGUGCGCGCUACAGCCAUCGCUCUGUAGUGAUAACGGGUGGACUGCUUUGCAGCUUAGGAGUGGUGAUUGGGGCUUUUGCUCGUAACCUGAUUGAACUCUACUUAACAGUGGGAUUCCUAAAUGGUGAGCAGUUUGAUGCAAACACACAAAUAAAACACAAACACAAAAACACACACACACAAAUAUAUCAUUCACUGGUCUCCUUCGCUGCAGGUGUUGGCUAUGCACUGACGUGGACCCCCACAGUGACCAUGGUUGGCUUGUAUUUUGAGAGGAGGCGUCCGGUGGCAAACGCCUUGGCCAGUGCAGGAGAGUGCAUCUUUACCUUUAUCCUCACGCCCCUGUUCCAACUGUUGAUUGACUGCUACUCCUGGAGGGGUGCUAUGAUGAUCCUGGGGGGUCUGCAGCUUAACCUGUGUGUGUGCGGAAUGCUGCUGAGACCCCUAAAAGCCACCAGAGACCAUUUAAGUGAGGUCAAAGCAGAGGAUGAAGGCUUGUCCCUGGAAUUGCUCGCAAAAGAGGACUUGGGUCAGGACAAACCAAGCUAUCUUGGGUCAGAGGAGCUAAGAAAAUCUGAAGGGGCUGAUCACAAGACAAUAAGUGCAUGUUGUGAAGGUGGUGAAAUUGAUCAGGCCCCUGAAGUGAUACCUAAUUUGACUAUGGCGGUACAAGACUCAAACAGCAGAGCUAAGAGGGCUAAACUCAGAACCAAAAUCCGUCAUUAUGUAGAUUACACCCUCAUCACCAAUGCACGAUUCAUGGUCUACUCAAUGUUUGGGGUGUUUGCUGCGCUCGGUUUCUUUGCCCCAGCUCUAUUCCUGGUGCCAUAUGCUCGCAGUAAGGGGAUUGAGGAGUACCAGGCAGCUGCACUCAUGUCCAUCUCUGCAGUGCUGGACCUGUUUGGGAGGGUGUUCUUUGGCUGGGUGGCAAACUUGAGACUGGUGGAGAUGGUGCAGCAGCUGACAGCUACAGUGAUUCUGUUGGGUAUUGUAUUACUCCUUUGCCCACUGGCCUCCACGUUCUUGGAGCUGGCUGCUUUCAGUGCAGCUUACGGCUUGGUGUACGGUGCCACGGUCGCCAUCCAUAUCACUGUGCUGGUUGAGGUUGUGGGUGUCCACAGGCUCGGAAGCGCACUUGGGUUUUUCAUGCUCAUACGCAGCAGUGGAGGCCUGCUUGGACCGCCCAUUGCUGGAUUCUUCAUUGACAAGAUGAGUGAUUACGGGACGGGUUUCCUCAUGGCGGGCGUAGCUCUCAUCGUCUCCGCUCUGUUCCUGCUGCUCCUCCAUCAGAUGAACCGCAGGGGUCAGGAAUCAACCACCAAGAGCAGUAAUAUGUAUACAGACAAAAUGGAACAAAGCAGCUGAGGAAAGAGCUAAAGCAAAAUAGCAAGAAAUGACACAAAUGAAGGAAAAACUCUUUCUGUGGCUUAUAGAUCAAAUGGUCAAAAUGAGAUCUUGAUCUCAAGUACACAGUCAUAAAGGGAAGAUGAUGGUAAAGAAUCUUCCACCGGAGGAGCCUUUUGGAGUCGACUGUUUUCUGUCUGCAGGUGAAACAUGUGGAUGGUUUUGAGUCCUCUCUGUCUGUCACAUAAACCAGAGUAAUGAUCUGGCAGGAAAUGAUAAAAUGUAUUAAUCAUUGAAAGCCAGUGACUUAUUAGCCUUAUUCUAUGCAGCUGAUUUGUACCGUAAAGAGGAAAAACAUGUUGUUUAACAAAGGCAGAACCAAGUGAAGUCAUUCUUCAACUGUUCAAAGAAUUGAACAACUGAACUCAAUUUCUGGAAUCAUCGAAACUUCACUCAGAUGAAUGCUCACUAAUCUUUCUACAAAAUACACACUGAAAGCACAAAACCUCAUGAUUCUAUCUAAGUCAGCCUUUUUAAAUUCCUAAUAUCACUGCAGCAAGAGUUGCUGAACAGGAGUGUAUACAAGUCAGAACAGUAAUGUACAAAAAAAAUGUUAUAUUUUUACUGUUUGUGCCUCUACAGUAUCACUUAGACUAAGUUUUUGACAGUAAACUUGUUAUUCAAUUAUUAACUUAUUAAGAAUUAUUGUUCAAAGAGAUCAGGAUCAUGAUUGUUAUAUCUAAUCAUUUUAUUUUGUUGAAAAGUUGUGCAAUACUGUAAUACACCUAAGAAGAAAACUGCAGACACUGUUUAUUUAUGUCACCAAUAACUUAAUUCAAUCACAGGCAACAGGCAGGUUAACUUAAAAAGUAAAACAUGUUUUUCAAAUGUUGUCUUAAAGUCAUUCAUUUUAUCCUCUAUUGCAGUUGUGUCAUGCAUGGAUGAUGCUGGGUUGCAAAGUGAAAAUAUGGCUAUGGCUCCCUCCAGUGAGAAGCUACUGAUAUUGCAUUUGGAACCUGCACAGCUGCAGCACUGAGCUGAAAAGUGCAGAUAUAAGCAAAGAUAAUACCACACAGAGCAUUAUGAAUAUAAACCAAAUAACCAAAUUGCAGCGAGAUGCAUCAGUUUUUUUUCCGGUUUGGUUUAGUACUCAAAUUGCGAUAUCCUUUGCUGCUGUAAGUUUUAAAACUUCAGCGAACCUAAACUUCAGCAGAUUUGAAAAACAAUCUGAAGUGUUGAAUCACAUUGCAGAAAUAACAAAAUAAGUCCUAUGGUUCAGCGAAUUUCCCUCCAAGUUCUGUCCCUAUGCAGCCUGAAACCCAAUGACAAAAGCCUUUCUUCAUUUUUUUCCCCCUCUGCUGCAGAAUGUUUGGUAUGUGCAACCAUCAAGAAAACUAGCUUUCAUAACCCUGAAUCAACAAGAGGCACCAGAUAAACAUCUUCAGCCUGGUAUAAUGCAAAUAUAACAAUGUAAAUAAACAUGGCACUCUCCAUAAAUCUGCAAUAACAAACUUCAGACUGAGGUUUACAAACAGUGGAAUCCCCCCCCCCCUUGCGCUAACAUACAAGCUACAUGCACACACACACACACGGAGAACUUGCCACAACAAGAGAGCUGGUCACAAAAUACCACAUGCCUUUGAUCUGACAGACAGGAACAAAGACAUAAUCCAUGUUUCAUAGAAACUCUACAUGAAAACCAAACACACUCACACUCACACACAGUAUGCAACGCUUGACUGCCAACAGAGAGAAGAGGCCACCUAUUAUCAGAGAUAGGAAGACUGCCGGUUCAAAACUAUCAGAGCAUUUCCAAUCCAGUGAACCUAAAAUCUACUGUUACUCAAUACAUGAGGAAAUCUGAUCUUUCAAUUGCAGCCUGCCUGAAAUCUCUAAAGCCGUUUACUGUCUGAACUGCACAAUAAAAGAAUAUGUCUUACUAAGCAAUAAACAAACAGUGCUUUUUCUUCAAGAUAAAACCUCUUUUAUUUAUUGAGGAGAUUCAUGAAAAAUAUAAAUACUGACAACAAUUUGGUCAGUGAAGCUUUACUUUUUUUAGGAGAUCUCUGUGUGACAAGAUAAUCUAACUCAAAGGUUCACUUACUAGCUUUUUGAAUGAGAUGGGGACCAUGAAAUGCAGUUAAAAGUUCCUAAAAAGGUAGUUAGCGGACCUUUGAGUUGAGAGGUAGGAAUAGAGAACUGGUGAGAAGAGCCCAUGUGCUUUAACUUAACUUCUAGCAAUUAAGUGGGACAAAUUCAGUUUUCACCUGGCCAGCAACCCACUGCGCCUGCGUGUGUGUGUGUGUGUGUGUGUGUGUGAUUGUGUGUAAAGAGAGAGAGAGAGAGGAGCAGCAGGAAUAUGGAGCUGUCUACGUUUGACCCUUUCAACAUCAACUCCAAUAAAGCAGAGAACACAGGAAGAGCUUUGAAGUCCGGCAAGACUUAUUGAAGCACCUCCCGGUAACUUUGACCCCACAGUGGAACCCCUGGGCUCUCAGGGUCGCUAUAGAAACAGCUGAAAUACUUUUCGAAAGUUUUUUUCUUUUCAUUUUUUUUUUUCUAGCCGACCUUGCUCCCGGGGGUCAUGUUGUGGAAUGCUGCACAGCUACCUGAGUUCAAAGUGUUCAGUAGCAGGAAGAGAGAGAGGAGGAUUGAGAAGAAGAGGAGGAGGAGGAGGAGGAGGAGGGAGAGAAGAAGGAAGAAGUAGAUAUGGGGGAGAGGAGAGGGGAGAAAAAAGGGAUGAUAGCUGCAUGUGAAAGAGGCAAAACCAGCAGGGAGAGAAGUUGAGAGAAAAAAAGAGAAACUAAAAACUGAGGAGGAGCACAAGAGGGGACUGGAACAGUAGGCGAGCUUCGAGAAAAAAAUGGCAAGGGAAAAUGAAAAGAGCCAAGGAAUGUGAAGAAAGAGAAGGAGAAUGACAGAAAAGAAGCAAUUAUAUUGGGGGAACCCUCAGAGCUAGAGCUGAGUACAAUCAUGCUCAGACUUUGUACUGGUUAGGGCCAUUAGAGGAUAAAAGAUAAUGAUACAGGAAUGAAAAAGUCAUGAAGGGGAAGCAGUUGAGUUCGGACAUGGCUCUAACGUCCUCACUGAUUAGAGGAGAAUAGACAGACAUGGUGGUAAUGAGAAAUGAUUAGUCCAGCUACAGGGGGUUUAGCUUAAUGAGUGUAAGUAGUGACCAGACCCACACACCACCUCCGCCGCAGGCAGAAAUGCACCCUGAAAUACACAUUGACAGUUUUCAUACCACAAAGGGACUAUACAUUCUGAAAAAUGUUUGUGUGAUUAUGAGUGAGUCUCCGACUUCAGUUUCCCAAAAGACUGUCAAUGGAGGACAUCCAGGAGGUGAAUCUUGUGCUCAGUGUGUCCAUAUUCAACUAAUUAUUUCAGUUUGCAUGAUUUUGGCAACAUAUGCAUUAGUUCCGUGAUUAAACAUACUGUUUUUUAUCUAAAAAUGUGAAAGAGAGAAAGAGAUUAAGGAGAUACGGGAGUCAGACAGAUGUUUGGUCUUCGUGAACUCCUCUUUGUCUGUUGUCAUUCCUCACAGCCUUCUUUCUGUCUUUAUCAACACAUCAGCGUAUCUUCUGUCCUCCAGCAUCUUGUUUUGUUCUUUUUUCUCCUCCUUGAUCUUCCUCAGUAUCUAUUUUUCCAUCAGCCAGUGCCAGCCAGCAACUUUAAACAUCUGUCCUUGGAACUCAUCAAGGCCAUUGUGAUGCUAUAAUUCUCACGUGCACAUAAAAUAGCAUGCAUUCAAAAGGCACACAAAAGCAACAAUACAUCAUAUUUCAGACAUCAGUAAUAUGUCUGUAUAGACAGUAUAGACAUAGAGGUACAUUAUUAAAUUGUAUUAGCAGUGUAGAAAGUUUUCCAUUCCUGUGUUGAUGUAUUAUGUUGAUAGUCUGUUAAAAGUUAAAUGGCGCCAGUCCUACUCUCCUUGUGUCUUUAUAGUCAAAUAAAUCGUAUAAAAGCCAAAACACAAUCUUGUUUAUUACAUGCUUGCACAUUUGUGUGUGUGUGCGUUUUCUGUUUCAUCACAUCGUUCAAACUCAAAUUGUACAAACAGGACAAACACAUUUUCUAACACUGACUCAAAACAGCCAUAAAGUCAGAGAUUUAUCUGCCCUCUUCAGCUGCUCAUGGUUUAUAUUCUAUCGGACACACAUUAAAACCAAAUGCUGAGGCGUAGCUAAUGCUCACUGAACUUUUUAACUAUGAGACAAUAAAAUCGACCAAAGCAGACUUUUAUUGCUGUUGAUGUACAGCACAUCAAUGAACAAAAAUUAGUUUUAAAUGAACUGCGUGAGCCAAAGUGUAUACUUGUCCUUGGCUGAAGCAAAACAAUGACGAUGUUUCUCGUUCACCACUUGGCACAAACAGCACAGGAUGAACUCAUGCUGAAUGUAAAGUAAUAAAGUAGUUCAAAUGUAUCAUAAACUGCAUUCUGUGUGCUGUAUUAUUAUUCUGUGUACAUGCUGAAAGGUGACAGCCUAUAAGUGCAACUUUCACUCCCAUCCAAAUCCAGCAGCCUUGUUCAUGCCAACCAAUCACACCUGACCUCUGACCUUUCAGGCUGACCUCUGACACCAGCUGACAGCACUGAUUUGGAAUGAAUGGCUUUGACAAGCUUCUGCUUUCCAGCACACUGACACAAGAGCAGCCCACCAGAACAGUGUGCUAAUAAACAUUGAAAUGACAACAAAAUGAUAAAUGACCAAAUCACCUGGUCUGCUUUGUAGCACUGACUUUUUUUUAAAAUUUGGAAAUAUCGCAACAAUUAUAACAUUAUUAGUUUUGAAUUCUUAUAUUUAAAAAACGUCAAGUUUAGUUCCUAGAAAACAGUAAAUUUUUGAGUUGCUACCUUCUGAAUAAAAAUCCUGUUUCCUUUGGUUAAAUAAUUGUAUCUACUUUCCCAGUGGAUAAAAAUGAUUCAUUUGGAAAAUCCCAACAGCUCAAGAUUUUUCACAAAGCAUUCUUGACCGCCUCCUCCCUGAUUAU